AUUGGCCGACAACCUUUUAAUGUCGGACGUCCGAUCGCAAUUUCGCGACCUCGUUUCUAUUGUUCUCUCCUUCGUCCUCCCAUGGAUUUCUCCGAUUGAAACCCUAACAAAUCUUUAUCUACGUUUUGAAAUCCAGUCUGUGGCGGAAAUUCAUGAACUUGAAGGAACCCUAGAUUGAGAAUCUGUAUUCUCCUCCUGGGUGUUUUGCGCGUUAAGGCACUUAGAGAUCUCCUAAAGACGAGUGUCUGUACAAGGAUUGGGUCACAAUAGCUGUCAAGAUGUUGGCGAAAACUAGAAAAGUUGCAGCUAAGGGAGAAGCAAUGGUCUCACAUUAUGCUUUUGCUCCGCUUGAAGACGAUAUCAUAAUAAAACAUCGGCUUCUAACACGAACUACCACCACUAGGGGUGAACCUCCAUUGAAGAAGCUUCAAAAGAAGUUCACUUCUUUUGUUCUUGAGAUCGAAAAGGACACGAAUAACAAUCUUGAUUGUGAAAAACUUGCAAAAGCUUUCUUGCAGGAAUUAGCAUCAUUUGAGCUCCCACUGCUCAAGAGCAAAGCAGUUGUGGAUUCUAACUUGAGGGAGAAGGAGAACUUUAACGAGUUAGAAGACGAGAUAAACAGACAGAUUCUUCAGGCGCAGGCUGAUAUAAAAGAUCUGAAGGAAGAACUAGAAGUGGCUAAAAUCGAAAGGAAGCACAAAGAAGAGUGUGAAUCAAUCAGGAAAUUGAUUGCUUUACAACCACCAAGGUCGGAUACCCAAAAGAUAAUAACUGAAUUAGAGAAGGAGAUUGUAAGGAUGGAAGCUGAGAAUGUUGCUAGUUCAAGGACCUUGGAACUCCGCAAGAAACAGUUUGCUCUUCUAUUACAAGUGGUGGAUGAGCUUCAGAACACAAUUGAGGACGAACAAAAGUGUAUGAUUGAAGAUUUAAACCGGAUAGCAAAUGACGAAAUUGAGAGCGCGGGAAAGGAUGCUGCAGGUGAUUAUGAAGCAAUGGUGGUUGAUUAGUUAAAUUAUGUUUUUGCACUUGUAGGAAAAUGUUAUCUUACUAAGCAAACAGUCGAGAGCAUGGGAAGGGAAGGGAAGGGAAGGAUGUUGCAGGUGAUAAUGAAGCAAUGAAUCAACAGUGGUUGAUUAGUUAAAUAAUGUUUUUGCACUUGUAGAAAAAUAUUAUCUUACUAAACAAUGUUUGUUU